AUGGCUGAACAAAGCUGGCUAUGGCGGUACAGCGUUGGUGUUUGCCGCCGCCCUCGCCUGGUGAUUGCUGCUUGCGUGGUGGCGACGCUGACCUGCUCAUUUGGGCUGUUCCGAGUGCGGAUAAUCACAAAUCCAGACCUCAUCUGGGUACCGCCGAACAGCCUCGCGAACCGACAGAAGGAGUUCUUCGAUGACGCCUUCGAUCCCUUCUUCCGCAUCAACCAGGUGUUCUUCGUGGCGGAGUCGGCCGCUGACACCGUGGGGGAAGGCCCGGACAUGAUAGCGAAGCACUACCUGCAGAGGGUCAUGAGCGUGCAGAGGGCCAUCGAAAACGCCAACUUCACUACCCCGGAUGGGGAGUCGAAGGGGUUCGAGUCUCUAUGCUUCAAGCCCAUCGACGGUGAAGGGUGUCUGGUAGAGGGCCCCUCCCAGUACUGGCUCAACGAUCCCAUUGUCCUCGCCGGAGACGUCAGCCCUAGCCUCACGGCGGCGUGCCAGACAAGCGACCCCUUCCUCGCUUCCAGGAGCCCUUGCAUGGACCAGAUUGGAACUCCGGUGAUGAGGGGAGUUGUGUUCGGCGACAUCGGGGUCAACAGCGAAGUCGUUAGCCCUGACCCCUGUGGGGGCAGCGUGCCAAAGGCGGGGGCGCUCGUGCUGACGUUCGUUCUCAAUAACUACCGGGACCCCGACUACCAGAAGCUCGCGGAGCAGUGGGAAAAGGAGGUGUUCCUGGCGGUGGUGGAAGAGGCUCGGGGCAUGCUAGCGAACGACGUACAAGCGCCCAUGAAGGUGUCGUACAUGGCUGAACGGUCGGUGUCGGACAGCCUGUCUGUGGAGGCUGGCGAGAACGCCUGGGUGCUUGUGGUGUCCUACCUGUGCAUGUUCCUCUACGUCUCCCUCAUCUUGGGGACCCCCUGCCACGCAAUAAGAUCGAGGUAUUCGUUGGCCCUAACGGGCAUCACCAUCGUCGUGGCCAGCCUGGCGACAACCAUCGGGCUGCUCUCGCUCGCGGGGGUCGACACUACCCUCAUCGUGUGGGAGGUGGUUCCGUUCUUGACUCUGGCGAUCGGGGUGGAUAACAUGGUCAUCUUGUCCAGAGAGUUUGACAGACUGGAAUCGACCCCAGAGUUCGAGGCCUGUGCGUCCGACGGCCAGCACGGCCAGCACUUGAAGGGCGCGGGUCACCCCAACGGUAAGGGCAAGGGAGAAGGGAUGGACACGACGGGUCCCACGUUCUCCUGGGCAGGCUCGGCGUCGACUUCGACAUCGACGUCCCUGUUAUCGGGGCGAGGCAGAGGGGACGACAACAAGACGACGGCUGAGGCCCGCCUGGAGGAACGGAUGGGGGCGGCCGUCUCCAAGGUUGCUCCUUCCAUCCUGGGUGCGGCUGUGUGUGAGGCCGUAGCGUUCUUGGUGGGGGCUCUGACUGACAUCCCUGCCCUAAGGCAGUUCUGUCUCGUCGCGGCUACAGCGGUGGUCGUCGGAUUCGCGUUGCAGAUUUCGUGGUUCAUGGCGGCACUGUGCCUUGAUGCAAGAAGAGUCAGCCAAGGACGGCUCGACUUAGCCCCGUGGAUGACGCUGCCAGAGGAAGACGAUGAUAGCGAUAGGUUCUGGUACAGCUCUCCGGAGAGCGGGUCCGUGCGAGAUCUGACCGUCCCUCUGCUGGGUUUCCAGUCCCCGGCGGCGACGGCGGCGGCAGCGGUGGGGCGGUGGCGGAGACGGAGGACGGGACGCCGCCUGUCGUCCCCUCUCGCCUGCCGCCACAGGUCUAAGGAGGGGCGCACGUCUCCCACAAAAACAGGGGACACGGACUGGCUGUCCCCGUAUCACACCUCCACCAGGAGGCAACCGGCAGAAGAAGAGGCCCCGCGGUCUGCUGCGGCGGCGCGGGGGGGGUAUGCUCGAAGCGAAGGCGGCGGCGGCGGCGGCGGCCUCUACGAUAGCGACGACGACAGCGUUACCGGCCGCGAACACCUCUUGUCCGUCGCCUCCGAGAUUGGGUCCGGCAGCGAAGCUAACCCCGCGCUUCUCUUCGGGACGCCCACCCGGCGAGCUGUCCCGACCUCAGGGAGGGGUAGCAGAGCAGCGGCUAUCGCUAGAAGAAGAACGACGGGUUGCGAUGGUAACGGUAAGGGUGUAGUAGAUUCUGCGGGGAAAGGGGGAUGGACGUUGGAUCGCGGGGCGCGGCGCGGGUGGUUUGACGACCCGAGCGAUUAUUGCGACAACACGGCGGGGGAGCGGGACUCGAUACGGACGACGAUGACGACAUUGCCGACGUUGGCGCACGAGGUCUCCGCCUCCCUUGGGGAGGCGAGUCCGUCGAUGUCGACCAUCGACGACGCCAGCACUACGUUGUCGAACAGCGGGCAAGCAAACGGCUGCGACAAUGGUGCAGGCAAUAGCACCGACAACAAAGACAGCACCAGCAAGACCGAUGGCAACGGUAGCAGCAGUACUAUCAACAACAGCAAGCCAACAAGCGGCAUCGACAGGGGACACGCCAGCAGCAGCAGCAGCAGCGUCAGCCCUUCUCGGCCAAAGGACGGGGACGGUGGGACGGUCGCGCCGUUCCUCCUCGGGGGAAACGUGGUAGAAGGGUACCUCUCUCUACCGUCCAACCAGCCUCCCCGCCGUGGCUCGGGCGACGAUCGGGGUGGGAGGGGGGCGGGUUUGCUGCUGGCGGGGCCCCCGCCGGAAGACGAUGAGGAGGGCUUCGUCGGAGAUGGUCUGUCUUUCGAAAGCGUCGGGGGCGCGGGUUUGUCUAUUUUCCGGGAGCAGCUGUACGAGGAGGGGAGGGGCAAGGGCGCCUUGGCGUCAAGGUUCAUAGAGCGGUAUUACCUGCCGGCCCUGUUCUCGAGAGGAGGGAAGGCGCUCACACUGGCCGUCGCUGCUGCUCUUGCGUUCCUGGGGUGCUUGGGCAUGCACGGGCUGCAGAUGGGGCUGGAGCCGCAGCUCGCGGCGCCCACGGACUUUUACCUUCAGGACUACUACGACGCUCAGUUUUCCAUGGGGGAGGCGGGACCACCUGCGUACGUGGUGUUCAGCGAUUUGGAUUAUUUCCAAGCCUUCAAUGACACCGACGUUCAGCAAGCCUUCCACGGUGUGGCGACAGGCCUUGCACAGCUACAACGGUAUGUGCAAACACCGAUCUACUCGUGGUUCGAUACCAUGGUGGCUUGGGUCAACCAGAAGGACACUCUGGCCGCCGACUGCCCGGCGCAGACUCAAAUAACGGACGAGGCUUCGUUCUACGACAUGGUGGAGCUGUUCCUGUCGAUUCCGAUCGAGAGCCAGUGCUGCCAGUCUUACGGCGCGUGUGGAGCGCAGUUCGACACCGACGUAUCCUUCGAUGACGGGGGAGAAGACGGUGUUCGAAGGAUCGUCGCCUCCCGCCUUCGGUUCAACAUGCAGCCGCUCAGGACUCAACGAGACUUCGUAAACUCGCACUACUACGUUAACUUCGUCACCAACCAGCUCGCGGACAAGAUCCCGGAGAGGUACAAGGGCCAGAGAAAGGCCAACAAGGCUGUGGGAAACCUUGCCUUUCCGUACAGCCUGUACUUCACCUUCUACGAGCAGUACGACUUCAUUCAGGGCGUGGCUCUGCAGAACGUCGCGCUAGCUCUUGCCGUAGUGUUCUUGUCCAUUGCGGUCCUGUCCGGUUUCGCCAUCGCGACCAUGGUGUCUUCGCUCGUGCUCGGUACAACACUCGGCAUAGUCGGAUUGGUGAUGUCACUUGGGCUGUCUGUGGAAUUCUGCUUGCACGUGGCCAUGGCCUUUCAACGCGCACUGGGGACGAGGCAAGAGCGAGCGGAGGCGGCGAUGAAGAGCGCGGGCGCCUCCGUGCUGACGGGGAUCACUCUCACCAAGCUCGUCGGUGUCAGUGUUUUAGCUAUUGCUCCCUCCCUGCUCUUCCGAGUUUAUUACUUCCGGAUGUACAUGGCGACCGUGGCGGUAGGAGCCUUCCAGGGACUCGCGGUGCUUCCCGUGCUUCUGUCCAUGUGCGGGCCGAAGGGUACCCCUCCCCCGGUCGUACGCCUCCCCAGACUCAACUCCUGGACACAGGACCAAGAAGACGGUUGGGGCGAGAUGCACGAUGACGACGACGCCCACUUCCCUUCGCCAAGCCACCAAGCUGACGACCAAGCCGGCGUGCACGGGGACAGCGGGGGUUACUACGAGUUGGGAGGUGGCAGGACGCCCAGGGGGGGAGGGGCGCUAGGCUGGAACCGGGAGCAGCGCUGCCACGGAGGGAUAGGAGAUGCCUGGGGGGGUGGUGACGCGGAGGAACGGUUUUUGCGAGAUAAUGGGGUCGCUGCUCUGUAUCAAGCCGAGGAAGAAACGAAGGAAAAAAGUUCCGUCCCGUCGGCGUAAGUCGUGCCGAACUGGUCAGCCUUGUAUAUUCAACGAAACUGCUGCACGCCGUAAAUACAUAGGUAGGAGUAGAGUUGAGCGAUUUUUAGGAACGAGUUAAACAGCAGCGGCUAAGCGACGAUCGGCUGCGGGCCCGUCGCUUCGACUGUAGCAACAACAUGACAGGUCCUCGAACUCGUCGUUUUGGUCACCAAUUACCUCGAAGACGGUGUGUAGGACUGCGUAUCUGUGCUCGAUCCAUGUGAUGCAUCCCUCGACUUCUAUCUUUGCCGUGGUGAUGCGAAGAGUGGUUAAACAGAACUCGAGUGCUCGGUUGGCCCGGAGAAGACACGGCGCCGGCAGAGAGCCAGCUGUACCUCGCUCCAAGACUUGAGCGAUUUGGAACUGAGUUCGGCCUAGAACUAUCGUGUUGUAGGUUCGUGUCCACUUGGGACUUUUAGUUGCCUGUCAGGUGGUGCCCGUCGCGUUGGUGUUACUGAUAGUGA